AGGUGUAAAUACCGUGAGAAGAGAGUUUUCACUGAUCAGCGAGUACGGUUUGUGUACAUCAUCAGUGGCUCGGCGGAGGAACCCCAUCGGCUGCAGUCUGCUACCUUUUCGACCCUUGCUCCUCCUUCUCCUCUGUGAAUCAAAGUCCAGAUUCUGGUGGUGAAAGUUUAGUGUCAACCAUGACAAGCAUGAGUUCUGCAUUGCUUUGCUGACAGAAGAUGCAGUAGAAGAGACUUUUGUGGGCAUUUCCACAGGUGCUCUGCAUCUUGGUCACAAACAGCAAUCCCUUGACCUACUUCUAUAUGCGGAUUGAAUAUCACUGGUUUUGUUGGACUGCAGCCAUCCAAGUAAAAUAUUCCUGCGGAAGAUACAAUUCUAAUUUUAUUUCCUUUUUUUGUGUGAAAAAUACAAAAUGAAUCCAUAACCUACCGUGACUUUCGAGCCAAGUGGACGCAGGAAAAUAAAUUGUAUAAUUGAAUAUUAGUCAUAAAAGGAACACCAGCCACGAUGUUGCCCAUAACAAUUGAUGUGGAGGAGACCAAGCUCCAUGCGCCAGUAAGCAGGACGAAAGUGAAGGAUCUCAUUGGCAACUUGUUCAGACUAAUCCUGUCGGACUCAGAUGCUCGUAAUCUCUUCUUUUUCCUCUUGCUGAACUUAACCUUUGCCUUUGUGGAGCUUGGCUAUGGUAUCUGGACCAACAGUCUAGGGCUCAUUUCAGAUGCCUUCCACAUGUUCUUUGACUGUUCAGGACUCUUAGUCGGCCUGGCAGCAAAGGUGAUCACCAAAUGGAGAGCUACAGACAAGUUCACAUAUGGAUAUGUAAGAGCAGAGAUUCUUGGUGGGUUUAUGAAUGGGCUCUUACUCCUGUUUGUGUCCUUCUUCAUCCUGGCUGAGUCAGUCGAGCGGCUCAUAGAACCACCUGAGGUUAAGCACGAGCGCCUCUUUGUGGUGUCUGUCCUUGGUCUUCUUGUAAACCUUGUUGGAAUUUUUGCAUUCCAGCAUGGUGGCCAUGGGCACAGUCAUGGUGGUGGUGGCCAUGGGCACAGUCAUGGAGGGGGUGGACAUGGGCACAGCCAUGAUCAUGGACAUGGGCAUGGACAUGGGCAUGCACAUAAUGGUCAUGCAUCCCAUGGACACUCUCAUGGUGGUGGGGGAGGCGGCUCACAGAUCAUGCAGGGUGUCUACCUUCACAUCUUGGCAGACACGCUAGGUUCUGUUGGGGUUAUUGUUUCCACCAUUCUUAUGCAUAUGUUUGGCUGGAUGAUUGCUGAUCCCAUAUGUUCCAUGUUCAUUGCCGUUCUAAUCUUUAUGAGUGUGCUAGGACUUUUACGGAACUCAAUAGAGAUUCUAAUGCAGAGAUCACCACGUGAGUUAGACGGGAUGCUAUCAGGCUGCUUCUAUAAGAUCAGUGCUCUGCCUGGUGUGUUCAGUGUGCAAGAGCCACACUUCUGGACCUUAUGCACUGGACAGUACGUUGGAAAUAUAAAACUCGAAGUGUCUGCUGCUGCCGAUCCAAGAUAUGUACUCCAGCAGUCAAGAGCAAUCUUUAAUGCAGUAGGUGUAACACAAUUAUAUAUUCAGUUAGACUACACCACUAUGUAGCACUUUUAGAUUGUUAAUUGAUAUAUAAUUAAUUGUUUGUGGUACAGUCUUUUGGAGUAAGGCCGUUAAAACAUUUACUUAAGAAGACUGGGAAUGUUUGUGGUCGCAAAGCUAUUCUCAUGAUAACAUUUACCUUGUACAGUACAUAAUAAUCAAAUAUCAUGGUCACUCAUUUGUUUGAAAUUUCAGUACAUUUGUAAGUUGCUCCCUUAUUGAUUUCUUUGGUCAUUGUGAAAUUGAUUCUUAGGGAAAUAAUCUCAAGAAAUAACUGAAGAACCCAAGUUUAGAAUUCAUAAAGCCAUACAAUUGGGCAUUAAAUCUUUAGUCAAGACUGGCACUCUGGACAAUAAUUUUAUCAUUUUCAGACUUGGGUACUCCUUUUGAUUGUAAUGCAAUGUAUUUAGGCAGUAUUUUUCUUAUUUCUGUACCUUGGCAUUGAAUAUCAUCUGUACCUUUACUGUAAGGCUUCUAAAACAUUUUUUACCACAUCCACAAUUUUUUUCCCCAAAAUACAUUAGAAUCUCAUUGCAAAAGGAAUCUUCUAAAGCUGGAGUGGCCGCUCGCAUUCUGAUAAAAGAGGCUGGAUCAUAGUGGUGUAGUUUUCUUUUCGGGAGAAAAUUGAGUUUAAAAGAGUACAGUUUUGUGUCAAUUUGCAUUGUUUGAAAAAUCAGGGAGCACUUGUAUGAUGAAACUGCUUGAAAAUAUUUUAUAUUUAUUUGUGUGAAGUAUAUUGAGUUUUAGGUGUAUAAGUUCCAUUGUUCUUGUUUUUUUUCUGUGCUCAUCUCUCAUUUUUUUCAUUUCUUUUGGAAAUAACAAGAUAUGUUUUAUAAGAAUUUAAACAAGGUGUCUACAAAUUUAUCAUUCAGUUUGGAUAAAUGAGCACAAAAAAUGUUGGUGUCCCGUCUUGGUGCAUACAUGUUGGAGUGGGGAUUUAUGAAGUUAUUGAAGAAAAUUUUGUGGUUGUGUAUAAUGGGAAGACCAAGAAAUAAAGAUGCAUAUAAUAACAUGGUGAUGGGGGUUUAUAUAGUAGCAUAAUAGGAAAUAAAUGUCAAAACAAAGUGCCAAGCAACACAGAAAGAAGUGCUUUUGUGAUAGUCCGUGUGUACUUAUCUUGCAAAUAAGACAGGUUGCAAAAAUAUAUAUCACUGUAGAUCACAGCUGUAUUCCAAUAUUCAGUGGCAAGUUUUUAUUUUAAAGAUUAUCACAUAUAAAAUAGCUUGUUAAAUGAAGGUAACCACUUUGCGGAUGUAGAGGCAACUUAUGUAAUAAUAGAUGAUGCUGUUUUCAAUAGAUGAUGUUUAAAAGACAGUGAGUUAGUAUGGUUAUUAUAUAUAUUUCAUGCCUCAGGUGAAUUUGCUAAAGAAUGAACAGUGUGGUUCCAGUGUAUUUGAGGAAAAAAAGAAGCAACUUAUGGAAAUGCAAGGAUGUGAUUUCUCAAGAAAUUGCAUUAAGGUGCUUCAAAGAUUAUUUAAUUAACAGCUGAAGACCAAAUUCUUUUAAUAGUAAUGCCAACGGACAAGUCCAAUAUUGUAAAAAGUUUGAGAAAAAAUGGACAAAGGGAAUUUAUUUCAGGAAACGAGACAUUUACGAUGGUUCUCAAGUUGUGUAUAUUUAUACUAAGGUUGACUACCAGUGCAAAGAAAGCUGUAACAUUAACUAUUGUACAUAAGAUCCUGGUGCAAGAAGAUUAUUUUUGUACAAGAACAUCCUGAUAAAAUAAAAGCUUUAUCAAAGGUAGAGAAGUUUAUAUGUACUUGCCGUUCUUGAAUAUUGUCUCUCUAUGAUUUAUUAUGAUACAUGGUUAAGGUUUAGUUCCUUCAUGUGUCUAUUUAUUGUUUGUUGUGAAUGUUAAAGAGUUGUCUUUGUGGUUUUUGAUUUUGCUCAUUGCCUGUUCUGUCCAAAAUUUUGAAUGGAAGGGAUGGCUGUCUAUGUGAGUGUGAAUGUGUAAUAAAGUUGAUAGCUUUUUUUAAAGAUAUAAUAAGCCUGCCAAAACCCCAGCUGCCCAUUGACUUUUUCUUCGUCUUCUCCCCCCCCCCCCUUCCCCGUUCUUUCCACUUGUAUUUCAGGGCAAUGCAAUGUGAUAUAGUGACACUGUAGACAUGCGAUCUCUGUAGGUUAAAACGAAUAGGUUUGAGUGACGGAAUGCUAAAGAAUGCAUAACAUGAGCAAGAGCGAGUUGCGAAAAGUGUGAGAGAACCUCCCCCCCGCCUUUAUUUAAUAUUCUUUGCAUUUAUAAAUGUUGCAUGUAUUGUAAUUUGAUAAUUGUUAAAACACUUUAAAAUCUUAUUUAUUUUUUUUUCUACUUUAUGAACUUUGUUUACUAUAUAAAGAGGUGUGUGUAUGUCUUGAGGUAAAUUUAGGAGCAGAGUUAACAGCCAUUGAUAAAAGUCUGGAAAUUUUAUUUUGUGGAAAUGCCAGAAUCCAGUGCUCGUACUCAUCACCGUUUGGGCAAGGGUAGCAGUGCCUUGUUUACAGUUAUGUGAACUUGCUAUGCUAAAAAGGAAUGUAAAAUUGUUAAUAUGAAGUCUUUACUUUGCAUGGUUAGCCUACAUUUAUUUUAUGGCAAAUACAGGGGAAAACUUUUCUAUUUUUGUAUUCCAUUUUAGUAAAUGACAGAAUUGCAGGCAAGAGAAAUGUAGCAUGGGAUUUGGGAGGGAAUAGGAUUUUUAUUGUCUGCAAUUGAAACUGUGAUAAAUUCCUUCCAAAGUAAUUGGCAUCCAGACUUUGAUUAUUGGGGUACUAUGAAUGAUAAAUGUAUUUUAUGUAUAUACUAUAUAUAUAGAUAUCAAAGAAUAUAGACAGACACAAACUGAACUUUCGUAUUCAUCCUCCUGUGCUACAGAAGGUGACAGGAAACCAUCAAGAAAUAUUAUAAAGCCUUCUAUCCUGUAGUGAGGUGUACACAUUGAAAGGAAGAACUGUUUAAAAGUUACGCUCCACCAGAUGUCUUCCGCAAUCAAGUUUGGUUCAGUGAGGUUAUCUGCUUUUGUGUAAAAAGUAAAAGUGGAUUUUAUUUGUGAGGAUGUGACUAUUGAUUUCAAGUUUUCUGUUUGUAUUUAGAUAUUUUUAGAGAAUCUGCUGUUGAUUUUUAUUGUGUAUUUUGUUACAUUCCUUUUGUAUAGGUGAUGGACCAGAAAGUAUAUUAAAGAUACAAUAUUUUG